UUUCCUCAAAUUCCUCAACACGACAUACUUCAAAUUACUGCUCAAUUCAAUCAAUUAGACAUUGAUGGUAAUGGAGCGCUUGAACAAAAAGAAGUUCUGAAAGCCCUGCAAGAUAUGGGCGAAAGUAGUUCAUAUGAUGAGAUAAGAGCAACUUUAAAAGAAAUAGACUUAAGUUCUACGGGUAAAGUUGAACUUGAGGAAUUUGUCGAAACAAUUGCAAAACUAAGGUCAGGACGUAAUAAAAGUGCAUUUGCAGUUAACAAACAUAAAAUCACCGUUCAUGGAUCAAGUCAAAAUGUUUCACAUACAAUAAACGAGGAUGAAAGAACUGAAUUCACAAGACAUAUGAACCAAACAUUAUCUGGAGAUCCAGAUCUUGCUGAUAAAUUGCCAAUUAACAUCUCGAAUAUGCAAUUAUUUGAUGAAUGCAGAGUACCUGAUACAAUUGAUGAACGUGUACUUAAUGUUUUUAAAAAAGGAAAGAAAAUCAAUAAGUUUCAAAUGAUUGAAAAUAAUAACUUAGUAAUUUUUUCAGCAAAAGGAAUCGGUUGUAAUGUUGUAAAUAUUGGUUCAGCUGAUUUAAUUGAAGGCAGAGAACAUUUAAUUUUGGGUCUUAUUUGGCAAAUCAUUAAGAUUGGAAGUGAUAAUGUCAUUUUACCUACAAAACGGCCAAUUCCUGCAAGUACAUCAACGGUGUCCACAACAACAACAAAUUUGAAAAAAAGGACUGCUGCGACUGUUGCACAACAACAACAAUUAAAAAAUCAACAAAAUGUUAAUAAUGUGGUUGAGAAGAAGCAAAAAAUAGAAGAAAUUAAUCAAAUCACUUCAAAAGCUAUUGCAAUAAGUAAACAUAAACCAAUUGGAUCAAAGAUCUCAGAAAAGAAUCAAACAAAAGCAAUAGAAACAAGGACACAAAACAAGCAAUAUCUACAAUAA